AUGCCUGGGUACAGGCCGAAAAGCUCGGGCUUUGUGGCGAGCGCGCGAUGCACCAGCUGGAAGACACCAGACUGUGAGGAGGCGGCUCUGGGCAGCUACUUGGAUCCGACGAAAGAUCCGCCUUCGGAGCUGAUCCUCACCGAGGAUGUGCGGAGGCUUCAGGACGACCUCCUGCUCCGCUUUGCCGAGCCUCCGGCCGAAGCGCCUACGUGGUCCCGCCUGCGGGACCAGCGGAAACCGCCCGCCGAAGGAAGCAGCCCGAGAGGGCCCGGGCCGAUCCCUUCGAAGCUUUGCCCCACAAGAUCCGGCUUGGAACAUGCAGGAGAAGCCUUCAGGAAUCUGGCUUCCAUGACCUUGUGUCAGGAUGCCGGCGCCGGCGGAACUGACGAGCAGCCGGUCGAGGAAGAAGACGAGCAGAAGCGUCAGCACAUGCAUCAGGUGAUGAUGCAGGUGUUCACCUGGCUUCAGGACGACUACUGCGGCACCACCUGUGGGCGCAGCCGUCAGGCAGCCUACAGGGAAGGCCUCGGCGCCAAGAAGAGGAUGCAGAUGAAGGCAGCCCUCCAGCUGCAGCCUGGACUCAGAAACCCCCAGCGCCGCCGCGGCAAUGCUGUGCCUUCCACCGCGCGGGUGGCAGCCAUCGCCGUUUUACGGCAGCUCUUCCCAGAGCACCGCUUCGAAGACCGCGAAGUCCGUGUGGAGGUGGCGAGGCAAUUGCAGACAAGCGACGCUGACUUCAGGUUUCCGCGGCUUGAGGCAUCAAUCUAUGGCCGUGGUUCUCCUAUGAGCUUGUGCUGCGGCGCGGCCGUCCUCACAUUCUUCGAUGUGAUCUGCGGGGUGUGCGUGAUCUGCUUGAAGUCAACCUGCGAGGCGCCGGCUCUGGAGCUGCAGCCGCUGACGGAGGCGAGUCGCCUGAAGCUCUGGGGCCACUGGAUCUCCCUGAGCGGCGGGGUCUUGCCGAAGAGCAGGCCCCCGAGCCCGGCAAGGACGAAGUUCUUCCCCACGAGUCAGGCGGAGGAUGACUGGCUGCCACGCGCUUCAGCCAUGGCUCUGCUGGCGGAGAAGGAGCAGCGGAAGCCAGUGCACGUGGACGUGGAGCUCAGACAGCCGCAGCCGACCCCUGACUUCGACGAGAGGAGCAUCGCUGGGUCGGAACUCGUCGAAGCGACUGAGGCGUUGACGCAGGCUCAGCUCAGCCUUGAAGGCCUCGCAGUCUCCACGGGGCCCGAGGUGGAGGGCGCAUCGGCCGAAGAAAGCAAGGAAAGAGCAGGCAGCAGCGUGCAGGCUGGGGAGGACUCCCUGGCAGAUCCCGGCUCGGACCCCUCCUUCGGCCCGCAGCCUGUUUUUCACAGGCCGGCUCCCUCAAAGGAGGCUUGGCGCGCGCAGCCCGUGACCGACGGACAAGCCUCGCUCCUGAAGUCGAAGUUGGAGGAGCUCUACAUGGAGCAGCGGUUUGGCAAGGAGCUCUAUAUGGAACAGCGUCUUGGACGUCUCAGUCUUCGUGCAAAUCCCAGCCACGAGAACUUGACGACCCAGCUGGCUGGCUCACACCGGCCCUUCCGCGCAAACAGAGCCCCGCGAGACGGAGUGGCAGCCGCUACACAGACGGAAGACCUCUUCUAUCUGACCAGCGAAGACGUUGCGUUGCCCGAUGCCUCGCCAGAUGCGGCUAUGCAGCACAGGCCUGAGACUGCGCGCAGCUCCAGGAGCGCCACCGUGACGAGGUCUUCGCCGACCAUGUCCCGACCGUCGUCCUCCCCCUCCCGGCCACGAUCUGCGGGCCCAGGAAUGAGGUUGCAGCCGCGACCGACUCGCGAGACGAGAAGCUCAGGCAGAACUUCCGUGGACGCUGCGGGCGUCGCAAGACCUGUCACACGGACCAUCUUUGGGCGGCACCUCGGCCAGCGCUGGCGUGUGCUGCCGCCCAAGCAUGUGAGGCCUCAUCAUGCCAACCUUCCCUCCGUCUUGGUCAUGGCGAAGACCCAGCGACAGGGGCGCUGA